AGUCCCGGCAGCCCCCGCGGCGGCGGCACGCCCAGGCCGAACCAAGCGGCCGGGGAGACCCCGCUCCCGCAUCCCCCUCCCCCCCCCCCAACUUGAGCGCAGGGCGCGGGCGAGUGGCCCCCGCGGCUCUCCGUACCGCGCCCCGCCGCCCCGGGACGGGGAUCUCUGCCCGAUCCGCCCCUUCGCCGCCGCGUGGGCCGCCCCGCGGGGCGGGGGCAUGACGGGGGCGGGCAGCGCCCGCCUCUCCCGCCGCGGGCGAUCGGCGUGAGCUGCGGCUGCGGCGCCGGCUCCUCCUUCCUGCCGCCGCCCCGCGCAGCGAGCCGGGGGCGGCGCGGCGCUCCGGGGGGACGGCGGGGAGCCGCCCGCCGCGGGGGGGAUGCCGACGCAGCGGGACGGCAGCGGCAACGGCACCAUGUCCCACCCGGGCCCCGCCGGCGGCGGGGGCGGCCUCGGCGGCGACAGCGCCCACCAGGUCCGCGUGAAGGCCUACUACAAGGGGGACAUCAUGAUAACGUAUUUUGAACCUUCCAUCUCAUUUGAAGGACUGUGCAGUGAAGUUCGAGACAUGUGCUCCUUUGACAACGAACAGCUUUUCACCAUGAAGUGGAUUGAUGAAGAAGGAGAUCCAUGUACAGUUUCCUCACAGCUGGAGCUAGAAGAAGCGUUUCGGUUGUAUGAACUAAACAAGGACUCGGAGCUUCUAAUUCACGUAUUUCCUUGUGUACCAGAACGGCCUGGCAUGCCUUGUCCAGGAGAAGAUAAAUCCAUUUAUCGCCGAGGCGCCCGCCGGUGGCGAAAGCUGUAUUGUGCAAAUGGUCACACUUUCCAGGCCAAACGGUUUAACAGGCGAGCUCAUUGUGCCAUCUGCACUGACCGAAUAUGGGGUCUGGGUCGCCAGGGAUAUAAAUGCAUCAAUUGUAAACUCCUUGUUCACAAGAAGUGUCACAAGCUUGUCAGUAUUGAAUGUGGCCGCCAUACGCUACAACCAGAACCAAUAAUGCCUAUGGAUCCAUCGUCAGUGCAUCCAGAUAAUGUAGAAUCAGUGAUUCCAUAUAAUCCCUCAAGUCAUGAGAGCUUGGACCAUGUUGGUGAAGAAAAAGAGGCAAUGAGCAUUAGAGAAAGUGGCAAAGCUUCUUCCAGUCUGGGUCUUCAGGAUUUCGAUUUGCUCCGAGUUAUAGGAAGAGGCAGUUAUGCUAAAGUCCUGCUUGUUCGAUUGAAGAAAACUGAACGCAUUUAUGCAAUGAAAGUGGUGAAAAAAGAACUUGUCAACGAUGAUGAGGAUAUUGACUGGGUUCAGACAGAGAAACACGUCUUCGAACAGGCUUCAAAUCAUCCUUUUCUUGUUGGACUACACUCUUGCUUCCAGACAGAAAGCAGGCUGUUCUUUGUUAUAGAGUAUGUAAAUGGAGGAGAUCUAAUGUUUCACAUGCAGAGGCAGAGGAAACUGCCAGAGGAGCAUGCCAGGUUUUAUUCUGCUGAAAUCAGUCUAGCACUGAACUAUUUACAUGAACGAGGGAUAAUCUACAGAGAUUUAAAACUGGAUAAUGUGCUAUUAGAUUCUGAAGGGCAUAUUAAACUCACAGACUAUGGCAUGUGCAAGGAAGGGCUGAGGCCUGGAGACACAACCAGCACAUUCUGUGGGACUCCAAACUAUAUUGCUCCUGAAAUUCUCCGGGGAGAGGAUUAUGGCUUCAGCGUAGACUGGUGGGCACUAGGUGUACUCAUGUUUGAAAUGAUGGCCGGCAGGUCACCAUUCGAUAUUGUUGGAAGUUCUGACAAUCCUGAUCAGAACACAGAAGACUAUCUUUUUCAAGUAAUUUUGGAAAAACAGAUCCGAAUUCCCCGAUCCCUUUCUGUUAAAGCAGCAGGUGUUCUAAAGAGUUUCCUUAAUAAGGAUCCAAAGGAACGUUUAGGCUGCCAUCCUCAGACAGGAUUUGCAGAUAUUCAGGGACAUCCGUUUUUCCGCAAUGUUGAUUGGGAUUUGAUGGAGCAAAAGCAAGUGGUUCCUCCAUUUAAACCAAAUAUAUCUGGAGAAUUUGGUCUGGAUAACUUUGAUUCCCAAUUCACCAAUGAACCUGUGCAGCUCACUCCAGAUGAUGAUGAUAUUGUGAAGAAGAUUGACCAGUCUGAAUUUGAAGGCUUUGAAUAUAUAAAUCCUCUUUUGAUGUCAGCUGAGGAAUGUGUCUGAAUUCUCCGUUUCUGGACUGUGCCAAUUGUUACCAUUUGUUUCUGCAUGGAUAAACAUCUCUUCAUUUGAUGCACUCGCAUAAAAUGAAUAACUAAAUAUCUUACUCUUGCCACCUACUGUGGAUUACUCACUAUUUUCUUUUUGUAUUAAUUGUCAUCCCGAACAGUUGUUAUGUCGAACCUUGGGCUGCCAGAAGAUGAAAAAUGGAGAUUUCCCAACAGUCUUGCCAAACUUGAAUUUUAAUAUAGAAGUUGGUCUGUGAGAUUCCUGACUGAACAAGGGGAUCUGGCUGUAUAAUUUGCUAAUACAGUAUUCUGUUAAAGGAAAAAUUUUUUACUGCUUUAAGAAUACAGAUUGCAUUAGGGGACAUAAUAAAUACCAUUAAAGGGCUUCCAUUUUUGCAGCAAGACAGAUAAGACCUUAUGACUUCUGUAGUGUUAAAUCUCCUCUCUAAACAUCUGAUUUCUGUGUUCUCCUUAGACUUAGAAAUUUUAGCUAAAUUAUUGCCCUUUAGAUUUAAAUGACAGUAAGGAGAACAGCUUUUUAAACUCCAUAGGUCAAGAAUGUCUGUUUUCAUAGUGUAUAUUGAUUCUAUCUGAAAAGGAGAUUAUUAACUCAAUGUUAGAAUGGAUAGGUUUUGCUACUAAAUUACACAGUAUGAAUUGUACAUGGCUUUUGACAUAUGAACAGUGAGUGCCUUUCUGAGCCUGUCCCUUUCACUGAGGGUUGUACAUGGUAUAAAGUGUCAGUUUAAAUAAAUGGAAUUCAAUUAAUACUUUUAAAAAUGAAAAUCUGUAGAGUGUAAUUUAGCAGAAAUUGGCAGCUAAUAUUGAAGAAUGUAGGACCUCAUGCUAUUAUUUAUUGCUUUUACAUUCUCUGUCUUACUGUAUGGAUAUGUUACAGCUAUGGUCUAGAUAAGGGCAUUGUUUCCUAUUAGUAUCUUAUUGCCAUUCUGCUGGAAAUGCAUUCCACUUUGCCAGUGGGAAAAGCACAUCUGGAAAAAAUAGGUGCUGUCCACAAUUACUCCCUUAACUUUUCUCUUUAUACAUAAUAGUUUGUAAUCAUAACCAAACCUUAAAUGUUGUUAGUAGACUCAAAGUUAGUAAUAAAGCGAUUGGAAUAAAUAGAAAGAACAAUUCAAAAUAGGAGGUAUGGGUGGAGUGAUUCUUACAUUUCAUAUUAGUAAACAGUGUAAUAUAAAGCACAGCUAAUUCUUAUUUUUAAUGUUUGAGGAAUAUUUUUGAAUGUCUUAGAAUGGAGAAAUGCCAAAUGUACCACUUUUUUUGCAGGGGGGAAAGGGAUUUAAAAGACAUUGAAGAAAAUAAUCUGUAUUACAUAAGGAAAAGUUGUAAGGUAACAUACAUGUUAGUAAAAGUGGACUAAUUAUAUGUAAACACAAGUUAGCAAACUUUAUCUAAAGCUUUUAAUAAGAUUUCUGCUUGGUCAAUGUCUUUCCUUGAAGAUACUUGUGUGGUGAAACUAUAAAUUUAUAGCACAUAACUUCCAUUGUAAUUUUUUUAAGUUACAUGUUAGUUUCCGGGGGAGAGAGUGCAUGAAUACACAGUAGUGACAUAGCAUGGUCUUUAGUUCGUACUUUGCAACAUGAGUAGGAAAUUCUUCUAAUAGUAUUGGGCUGAAUUUUUAGAACUGGAGUCAUUGGAGGGGCCCCAAUUUUAGGAAAGCUUUGAUCUUCCACACUGUUGAAAAUCAGAUUCCCAUAGAAACCUCAAAUUAUGUAUUUUCAAAUAUAAAAUAUCAGAGUAAAACCUACUUCUAAAGAGCAGGUAAUAACUUUCACACUUUUAGUUCCUGUGAAAUGAACUACUCACAUGCAGUUUUUAAAUUGUGGUUAACGCCGAAGUGCUUAGCCUUUGACUUGUAUGCCCACGUGACUAGUUUAGGCAUCAGGAUUUAACUGAUAUUAAACUUUGAAGUUACUUUAAAAAAAUACCUCUCUACAGCGGCUUAAUUUCAUAUGACGUCUUAAGUAAAAUGGCUUUAUAGAGGGAAGUGCAUUUCUGCUGUUCAUUGCAAAAGUGUAAUACACUGUGUUUUGUGCUUAAAGCAAAAAUUAAUUUUUUUAUAAUGUUACAGAAAAGAUACUUUUUCUAUUUAUGUUUUUAACCAUUAAGAAUGUCACUGAGUUAACAGUGACAGGCAUGUUAAAUGACUGUAAGUCCAUUUUUAAACUUUUUUCAUUUUCUCCAAAGUGCCAUGAUGUUAACAGGUAUAUUUCAGUGUUGAACAUACAGCAGCUGUCAUAAAUAUUCAGAAGGGAAACUGGGUGUAAACCAUCAAGUGCAGUAGGUUUUGUCUUUGCAGAAAGUGUCUGCAUCAGAAGCCCGAUGUGUUUAUGUGGAGUAACCUUCUUUUUUGUAUAUGAACUUGGUUCUUGUGGGUGCUCUGCUAGUUAAUAUUGUUGCUAUUUCCUGUUUCGCAUGGAAUGUGGUCUUGAACACUGUUGUGUAAUCAUUCCCUUUAUUUGUGCACACUUUUUACUUUAAAUAAAACAUUUAUAUUAGG